GAGCGCCAUCUGCGUGAAAAACAUUACAGGAUUGAAGGGUAAUCGAGGAGGAAGAGAAUUUAAAUGCAAAAUGUCGAUAAGUUUUGUAAAACACCGAGAUGCUUUAAUGCAGGCAUACAAAGAUGUCUGUGACGACAAAAAACCGACAGACUGGGCUGUUUUUGGCUAUGAAGGAAAAUCAUACGACUUGAAGGUAGACGACACAGGAGAGGAUGGCAUUGAGGAAAUGGCCGAUUCCUUCAACAGCGCCAAAAUACAGUAUGCCUUCCUCAGGGUGAUCGACACUAACAGCAAUCUACCUAAGAAUGUACUUAUCAAUUGGAUUGGUGAUGGAGCUCCUGUAUCAAAGAAGGGAACAUGUGCAAGACAUCAUCAGGAUGUUGCUAAUUUAUUCAGGGGAGCCCAUGUGACUGUAAAUGCUCGCUCAGAGGAUGAUAUCGAUGAGGAGAGCAUCUUAAAGCUAGUAGCCAAAUCUUCCGGUUCCAACUAUGGCUUCCACAAGGAGAAAGCAACUGAAGAUGCAGGUCAGACGGGGCCGGUGGGAUCGGUUUACAAGAAAACCAACGCAGCUUUCGAGAUCAAGUCAAAGAGGAGUGAUAAAUUCUGGCAAAAUAUGGAGAGUGAUGAGCAGGCUCGAGUGAGGGAAGAGACAGCCAAAAAACAACAAGAACGUGAAAAAUUAGAAAAGGAGAGAGUGGAGAGAGAAAAGAGAGAAGCCGCUGAACGUGAGAAGAAGUUGGCCGAAAAGAUGAAAGACAUUGACAGUAGAAAGAGACAGGAAAAGAAAUCCUAUGAAGAUUCUGUAAAGGCAGAGCAAGCAAGAUGGGAAAGCAAGCAGCAAAGCAAUGCAGCUCCUGCUAGAAGCACAGGGCAAGCAGAAGAGAGGAAAAAAGAAAUGGCACAGAUGAUAUCACAGAGAAAGAAGAGUUCCUCGGAAGCCGUCACAGAAAGUCAGGAAGCCCCGCCUCCAGUUUCACGGCCUCCUGCUGCCAGACCUCCCAUGCCUGUCCCCACACGCGAACCGGAGCCUGAACCAGCACCUGAGCCGGAACCAGAACCGGAGCCAGCAUACCAACCAGAGCCGGAACCCGAACCGGAGCCAGAACCAGAGCCUGCAUACCAGCCAGACCCAGAACCCUAUUCAGAUCCCUACCAAGACCAGGCUCAGACUGAUCAAGACCAGUACCAACAGGAACCAUAUUCAGAUCCAUACCAGGACCAACCUCCAGCCCAGGACCCAUACCCUGAAGAACCUGAACAAGAAUUAUAUGAAAAUCAAGAAGCAUUGCAGGACCAAGGUGACCAAGGGAACCAAGGGAUGAGAGCGAAGGCGCUCUACGACUACCAGGCGGAGGACGACACAGAAAUCACCUUUGACCCCGAUGACAUCAUCACACAGAUCGAGCAGAUCGACGAUGGAUGGUGGAGAGGAGUGGCACCCAAUGGUCAAUUUGGUCUCUUCCCAGCCAACUAUGUGGAACUUAUCUGAGGAUAAUCCCGGAGAUGAUCCUGGACAACCAAGCGUCUGGUCUUACAAAGAAUUGCAAUGGAUGCUAUUAAUCACAAGUAUGGAUAGCCACCAACAGGGGCCCUUAAACACAAAGCUUGGCAAUGAUCGUAGAACAAUUUUCUACAAUUGAUUCCAUUGCCUGCAAUGUACAAUCAAUCGUGAAAAUAAAGUGAUGAUUGAUCGCUAACCUUAGGGUUACGGGACCCAGGCCUUAAAUUUUAACAUUUUCAAGGCAAAGCCACUUCUCCAUAGUGCACAUUUUAAUGUUACAAGACAAAUGGGAAAACAUAGAAAUAAUACACAAAUAUAUUCACGGCCAAUGAGGUCACAAUGGUGAGUCAACAGGCCAUCCACAGCCAUGACCUUUCAUGACCUUGGAUUAAUUUAAAGCCAUGCACCAAUUUAUCACACUCAACUAAUUAACAUGCUUGGUUUUGUAUGGAAAGAGACAGUAGAUGUAUGUCUUGUAAAUGGUGCAACUUCAAUGGCUGGCUAUACCAUAGUUGCGAUUGAUUUGAUCACGCUUGGUUCUUUGUGAGAGGGGACCCUGGUGUUAUCCUCUUUGCCUCUACAUCGUGUAGAUGAUCAUUAGUACAGUCUGAUGGCUUUGAACUGUGACGGGAUCCAAAAAUGUUUGAUUUUAUGGCUUCCCUUUUAUAUCAUUUUGUAUAGAAUUUUAUAUGAAUCAAAAAUAUUGUCCUUCAAGCAGUCCCCUUCAGCGUUGUAAGUGUGGAUGUCAUCGCGUCUCUUCUUCAAAAGGUUUGUAUUUAGAUAUUGUGUUGGUCAGCACAUGUAUGCGCAAACAUUUAUCUAUUGUAUACUUGUAUGUACUUUUAUGUAUGCAGGCGAACCUUUAUCCGCAUGUCCGAUGAAUUAUUGAAUGAAGCUUAAUGAAUUUGUGGGAAAUGACCAUCCUUCAAAGAUAUGGAAGAUUAAGCCUCGUACAUCAAGAAAAGAAAAACAUAUCCAUCCCAACUCAAUGUCAAGUAACUUUCUGUAAAAUUCAGCUUUGGUUUAAUAGAGGAAAGUACACUAUGUUUGGUUCAUUUAAAAAAAAAAUCAUUAUAAAGGUAGGUCAAUAAUGGAACUAAUUUCAUUCUGGAUGUUUACAAAAUGGGGCCAAAGUAACAUUUUUGUGCACUUUAUUAUCAUCGUUGAUAGAAGCAUACGUUAUUUAGAUAUUUAUAUAGAAAGCAAACCUUGUAUAAGUAUCCAUCUACAUGUAGCUACAGAAUGGCUUAUGUUAGGAUAUGCAGGUUGUAUUUGAAUAGCAACUCCAGUAUUUAUGGUUAUAUAUCAAUAAUUCAAGCAUUUUGCAAUCAAUAGCCAGAGAAAUAAUGACUUUCUGGUUAUGCAGAAAACCAUAAAAUCUGAAGUUUCUUAAGCUUGCCAUUUUUUGCCUUUUGUUCCAGGGCAAAAAUAUGAAUCUAGAAUAUCUUGAAAGCAAAAAUUAUGCAUUUUUCCAAGUUUUGAAAAUAAGGUUCUAAAUCACAAAACUAAAAUACCUUCAUUACAAUUAUUUUGUAGUUUUGUAAUUUGCAAAUUGGAACUAGCAAAAUCAAUCCCAUUUAUAGUUUCCUUAUACAUCAAAAUGUAGGUAAUAGCUGAAAUAGCAUCUACACUGUAUAUGGCAAAUGUGGUGUGUACCUUUGUCUAAUAUUUGUAUUUGAUGGGGUAAGAAGAUAAUGGAUUGAUAUGAGGCUAGUACUCGGUAAUUAAAGUAUUAAUAUCUGUAAAAUAAACUGUAAAAGAAUGUUCAUUAAUAAAAAUAAUGAUAAUCAUGAUUAAAUUUCAAUACUUAUGCACCUUUUCAUGAGAUGAAAGUAUAGAUGUUCUAGUUUUCAUGUAGGUUCGAUGGUGCAUUAAUUUAUCAUUCGAUGAUGAGUUUUUAUAAAAUAAUUAUAAU